AUGCCCUCUCCGCCGUUUGAUAUUGUGCUUAGCCCUCCGCCUCUAGACGGCCAGAGUCUCAACAUCCUGGAGAAUCUCCAGCAGCAGCAGCAGCAGCAGCAACAACUGCACCUGCAACAACAACUGCAGAACCUGCUGCAACAGCAGCAACCUCCGUACCACCAACAGAGACAGCAAAGUGUUGGAUACAAUCUUCAACAUGAAUUUGAAACGUUGAAUCACGACUUGGACCUCGAUUUGACCAACAACAUCUCCAACCCUAGACCGGAGCUACUGAAUAUGCGCUCUUCUCAGUACAGCUCGUUUGUGACCCCUGCGACAAGCUCGUUACUUAGAGACACUACCUUGUCUCCAUCGCCCUCCGCAGCUUCGUCGAACGCAGGCUUGGCCUCGUUGUUGAACAGUUCUGCCAGUGCCAACUUUUUACCACCCUUGGCUUCAAUCCCAAACCGUCCCCAAAGUGUCCAAGACUUUUCAUUCCUGUCAUACAACCAUACCUCGCAGCCCCAACCUCAACAUUUGCAUCUGUCCGGUCAACAGCAGGCUCAAAGUCAUCCACUGGGCCAAUCUUCGCAACUCCUGCUGAAUCUCUAUCAACCAACCUCCCUGCAGUUUUAUCUGGAUUUACUUACCUUCGGCCAUUGGAUUGAAAAUCUUUCCCUGUCGGAUACAAACACAAUGAUGGACCAUUUAAUCAACACACUCCCGCUUGACGUCUUGUCGUUGUUCAAGACUAAGCUUGAAGCUCACUUGAACCCUUACGCUGGUUUGCUGUAUGAUUUGGAUAGAAUCUCCUUGGAUGACCAGAAUAACCAACAUCAACAUUCUCACCUCCAGCAACAACAGCAGCAGCACAAUUUAGUUGGAGGAGCUCGUGGUAUCCCGCAAUAUAGUACCCUCCAGCAACCUAAGCCUAAACCUAACUAUAGAGUAUUUGAUAAGUCAAGACCAAAGUCUGCUGACCCUCACACCAGGAACUUUCUUGACAGAGCAAGAUCCCCAAAUGCUCAUUUGUAUGAAAAAACCAACUUCUUGCAACUAGCAGCUGGCUCUAACCAAGUACCACCCCAAUCCAACUCAAGCAAUGGACAAGGAAGUAACAAUAUUGCUAAUGGCGGUGGUAAUGUCUCCCAAUCCCUAACGUCAAACAACCAUGGAAAUUCACAGGAUGAUCUCUCAGGACAAGCUGCAUUAAAACUUGGUGCUUUGGCUACUAUUAACCUGAGAGUUGCAUUAGAUUCUAAUAGAAAGAAUUUCAGAAACUACGAGCUGCAAAUUGGUAGGUAUGUAAAUUCUUCCAGUGUGCCAGUUCCUCCACAAGGAGGUUCACAAGGUCCAAGAUCUAACCAUCAACAAUUCCAGAACCAAAUUCCAAAUCAAAAUCAGAAUCAAAUUCAAAACCAAACCCAAACCCAAACCCAAAUUCAGGGCCAAAACCAACGUCAAUCUUACCCUGGUAGAUCCUCCACUCCGACUUCAACAUUGGAUAUGUCGUCGCCUUUGACCCCCACGGCUUCCGCUUCUUCAGCUAACGCCUCCUCUUCAUCAAUGCCUGCGGAUAUUGCCAAUCUUGAGUUGUUGAACAAUAUUCCUACAUGGUUAAAGCUCUUGAGACUCCACAAGUACACCGACUGCUUGAAGGACAUCCCAUGGCAAGAGUUGAUCGAGUUAAGUGACCACGAUUUGGAAGAAAAGGGAGUGAAAGCCUUAGGUGCUAGACGCAAGUUAUUAAAGGCUUUUGAUGCUGUUAAACAGACCAUGGGUUAG